AUUCUAUUUUCUCGUGUUGGAGUUGGAACACCCCUUUCGCAUGUAUCGCCGAUUUUCUAUAUCUAUCUGUAUAACCCCAGCGCCGGCUGUGACUGGAUUGUCUGCCGCUACCACUCUUGCCGCACACCCACUGACUGACUCCACCUAUACCAAUUUCAUAUGUUUUUCUUGUUCUUUGUGCAUUGUCCACUGUACCUCUUAGCCCAUGCGGGGAGAAAUUUUCCGAGGCGACUGCAGACACGCAUCUUGUACUGCAGUUUUUGCAUUUGGGUUGUUGUAUUCUUCAGACUUGGCGGAAAGUGUUCUGGUCUGAUCAAUAUCCGGGGUGAAUCAAACCCGAUCCACGGCCACUCCAACGGCGACUGGUCAUCUGCUAUUCAUCUCUUGUCGUCGAGUUUCACGGUAUCGACCGACUCCAUUUCAUUUUACCUGGAAGAAUCGGGCGGGGCGAAUCAGUUCUGAUUGGGACUGGUUCAUGUUCUGCUUCGUCUUUUCUGUCUGUAUAAAGGGAAAUCUUAUUUUACCUGAACUAUAUCAAUCCAACCUCGUUGAGUCAAUUGACU